GUUUCUCCACAAAUUUGAAUUCCGAUUUCGUUGCGAUGGCCCCAAACGAGCAAUCCGGAGUGAAGAAGCGGAAAUCAAAGAGAAAGAGUCUGGAAAAAAUGGCGGACUCUCUCUCUCUGGUUGUGGUACCGAACGAAAGCGCAGAGUUGGCGGCGACGGCGGCAGCUGCAAGCGCCGCCAUUAAAGGUCAGUGGGAGGUCCACUUCUCUCGCUUCUUCCCCUACCCUCCUCAGAUGUCCACGUGUCCCGACCUGGUCCCUCUGCCUCCUAAAUUCAGAAAGCGACGGCCGCGUAACAACUGGAUCCCUUCCUCCUCCCCCGCUCAGCUCCAGCUGGCUCGCGAUGGCUCUAGCUCCGACGCCAUCCUCACCGUCUGUUUCACUGGAAAGACUUUGGAGGAGCACUAUGUUUCCAAGCUACAGAUUCUCUGGCCUCAGGUUUCAUGCACGUCUGGAUUUCCUGCGAGGGGCACCAGAGCCGUGUUUGUCAACUACAAAGAUCCUGCGGGCGAGAUCCAAAAAUUCGGCCUGCGAUUUUUGUCUCUCUCUGAGGCCGAGAAGUUUAUGAAUGCUUUAAAGGAGAUUUGCCAGGAAGGGAAGGAUAACGAAGCUGUUAAUACCGACUGCGGACCUGAAAUGUCAUCACAAUCUGGGUUGGUCUCUUCCAAUAGACCCCACAGUCGGGCUUGCAAGGACUCGACUACUAUGACUUCUGUUGAGACCUGUACACCUCACAUAUCGCCAAGUGUGUUGGACAAGGAAGCUGAUCAAACUGUUCAGACUUACAUGCCUCAAAUAUCACCAAGCUUGUUGAAAAACGAAGCUGAUCAAGCUGUACAGAGUUAUAAGCCUCAAAUUUCACCAUGCUUGCUGAAGAGCGCAGCUGGUCAAUCCUCGCGCACUCAAGAAUCCAUGCAUAUUGAUAACUUUCAGAGCAACUUUGCAGCCUUGCCUCCAAGUUUCGCCUCAUUUCUGAGCAACUGUGGCCCUGUGAUUGAACAAGAUGCAGUAAUGGCAACACAACCAACUGCUCCACAGGAAGAAGUUCUCAAAUCCCAAAUUGCGAAAUAUAUGGAAGAUGCUUCCUUCCAAGAUAUGUUGUUUAAAGUGGAGAAAGUUAUCGGUGAAAUCGGAGGUGAUAUGCUGCUGUAGUUGUUCAUGGCCCUGCACCCGCAGUAUCUGAAGCGGUUCUUCUACAGUUCCCCCAGCCGUGAACCAGCUUUCACCACCUACCGCCCAAAACUUGUUCAUCCUCCCCUCUCUUUUUUCAAAAUGUUACCGUACAUUACUGAAGUUGCUAGGGUUUUAUAGUAGAUACAGAAUUAUAACAUCAGUGAAUUGGUAACCUCACGUUUUGUUUCA